UUGCCCCUGGAAGAGCGAUGGACGUCACCUAACACAGCACGUGCGUACGGACCAUCUAUCUACAUCUAUAAUUAUAUUAAACACCCUCCUCCUCAAUUUCUCUUGCCUUCACUUCGUCUCCCUAUCUCCUCCUCAACUAUGUUUCUCCCGGAUGCUGACCAGGUUGGUAAAGUCAUCAGAUAUGUAUCUGCUGGUGCAGCUAUACUCCUUGCACUUGUCGUUGUCAACGACAGAAUGAAUCCCGACAACGACAAAGGAGAAUCUGAGCGACCGCCGGCGGACAUUAACGACAUGGACAGCGACACUGAAGACAUAUUCCUUUUUGAGCAUCAUCUCCCAGGCGACUCUCUUGGACAGCGAGUCUUCCAUGACUUUUCUAGGCGUCGAGCAUAUUCCCGCCGAGAACAGCAGCUUCCAUCGGUGCCAUUGUCCCGCCCAGCUUGUCGCAUGAACGCUACACCACUUGAAGAGGGCCUUGAGCCCCCACCGCCAUAUGAAGAGGCGUGUAGUCCGUACUACCUGGAUCGGCGAAUGCCUGGGUCAAGCCGAGCACCAGACCCAGGCCCAGACCGCUCUUCCCGUGACGAAUUCCUGGUGGCUGACUGUAGCUUGAACGAACUGGAAGGCUGUACCGGCGAUUUAGAUCGUCGAAACAAGAACCGAAACAAGCGUAGGAAUCGGAAGGGUCGCAGACACUAGGAUGUUGCUAGAUAGUCAACAAGCAACGUAGAUAAACCUCUCUGUAGCGUUGAACUCAUUUUCUAUCUCCUAAAAGGCCAUGGUGCCAAAGAUUAAACAUCACGAUUACCUCCACAUCAUGCAACCAGUGAC